AUGAUCAUCGGUGAUGGCAUUUGCGGUGAGAUUCCGUUCAGUAUUCUUGGUUGGACCGAAGGAAUGAAAGACCGGGGCCCCGGGAAGUUGGAGAUACUAGGGGGUGACACGAUGCAAAAUGACGGAGUCCGCCGUCCGGCAAUCAAUAGAAAAGAGGAGGCCGAUCCUAGCGAGUAUCCUAGCGAGGGGGACUAA